GCUUCAAGACCGAUCGCUCCUCAAUACGAUACAGAUAGGACUCAUCACCGAGCCAAGAGGAAUGGUCGCACCUGAUAAAUCCGCUCGAAGAUCCUCUCUGGGCCCAUGCUUACUCCUUUGCGCGCUGUUCUGCGCGACCUUGGCCGUCCUCACUAGUCUAUCUCGCCGUGGCCAUCCACCUGGAUCUACAAGCUUGAAUUACACAGUCGGAUUGAGAGAAUGGGGAAUCCCCAGUGUUCCACCGAUCACAUACGUCGGAGACGUUUCAGGCUUUAAAGCCUAUUCGCGACUGGUUACCCCUGCGCCAGAUGCGACGCUGCAGCCGGACACCACCGCCAUUGUAUUGAAUUGGUCUCGGUUCCGUAACGUCGUCCUGAUUGCGGCCUUGCUAUGCGAUCCGACGCUGGACAGCGUUAUUUCUCAGGUCUUCAUCUGGAACAAUAAUCCCAAAUCAAUCGCCCUCAAUGACUUUGCAGGGUCUGGGUGCUCGCCUGAGAAACUCAGGAUACACAACUCUCCCUCUAAUCUGCUUUUCAAAGCCCGUUUCAUGGCUUGCGCCCAAUCUAGUACACCAUAUUGCUUUACACAGGAUGACGACUACUUGCUUCGUCCGGAGAUUAUCACGGCCCUUCAGGAGCGCAUGACGAAGUCGCGACGACCAAGCGCGCUUCACCUCCUUCCGCCGCAUGAGCACUUAUCCAGUCAGCUGCGUGAGCUCCAUUCAGUCGACGGAAGACUCCAUACCUCGUUCGCCUGGCUCGGUCAUGGAACAAUUUUUCCUCGCGCGGAUGCGGAGGAAUUUCUCGAACUCCUCCAUCGCCUCAACUUCACCUUCGAGGAAAUGGGGAUGGCUGAUAAUUAUUUCUCUAUUCUAAAAAAUGAGAUCCCUGAAAUUUGGUUUGACCAAGGAAUUGAACUCGGCGGUGGUCAGCCGUUCACAGCAGGUGUUGAGGGAGACUUGCGGAACAGAAGGCACAUAGGGAAGGCCGGGAAAUAUCUGGAUGCUUUGUUGAGUUGGGAUAAUCCACCAUGCCUACCGUCCGUUCCUGGCAAGAAGGAAUCACCCUACGUUAAUUACGAUGCGAUGGAUUCUUCCCGUACCGGAAUUUCUCGUUCUGCCUUGCUUGGGAUUCCGGGAAUGCUGGAGACGAACAUCCGGCUGUUACCUGACGCACGUGAGUAUACAGCAGACUCGGCUCAGGCAAUGUUAGAUCAAGAAGCACGCAACGCCGCUCUCCUGGGAGACCAAGGAAAGGAACACUAUCUGCGCCAUGCUCCUUCACAAGCUGUCGAUGGGCUCCCAGAUACAUCUUUCAUUAGUCCCGGGAAUGCUCGUGCAAACGAUUUCAUUGCUAUCGACCUCCUUAACCCAAUAAAAUCCGACAUUCAGACGCUCCAAAUCGUAUUCCUUGUGGAUGCCGAGACAGAACGAAUUCUGAAAACCUGUAAAUUCGAGAGCUCUGUUGACGGCCUUCACUGGGCACAGGCAGAUGACGUGUACUGCUUCGAUAGCUCCGUCGAGAUAGACGAUCCCACAUAUUCGAGUGGGGAUCGAACCCUCAGAGAAUGUUAUGCUCAGCUACCGCUCUCUUCCACUGAUGCGGGACCAAGGCGCUUCCGUGCCUUACUUCGAGAAUCAGUAGAUACGAAGUGGCAAAUCCACGAGAUGUGGAUCAGAGGAGCAUCAUGA